CUGUGCCUGGGCACCCCAGCCCGUAACAGCUGGCACCAAAGGCACAGAGAGUGCUGCCAGGAUGGCCUCUGCCAUGGGGGGACGCUAUGAACCACGCGUGGAAGUCACCAACCAGGUGUGGUCCUCGGAGGAGCCGGUGUGCUUCUGCUCCCCGUGCUGCCCAUGGUACCGAGGCCUGCCCAGGCCGUGCAUGUGCCUCUGCAUGAGAUUCCUUCUCACCACAGAACGGAACUGCACCUGCUUCCCCUGCCCGUACGACGACGACGGGACCUGCCAGUGCUGCCACUGCACCUGCUCCGACACGCCCAACUGCCACUGCUGCUGCUGCUCCUGCGCCAACGACCCCGUCUGCAAGUGCUGCUGUGUGUGUCCCCGCAGCCGCUCCUCCUGCCACUACUAUGAGUCCCGCUGCUGCUACCAGAGAUCUUUCCCUCCCAUCAAGCGGGGUUUCUUUGGUCCAAGAUCUAUCUGGAAGAAUGAAAGCUGCGAUUCCUUGGUCACGAAGACAAACACUAACCUGAUGGAACACCUCGUCUGCCCCACCUGCGGCAAGCUGAGGCUGCACUCCUACAUAUUGCCCUGUAACCACUGCAUCUGUGGGAAGUGCCUGAAGAAGAUCCAAGACACGUCCGACAUCACCGAGAGCUUCUUCAUCUUCACCUGCCCCAUCUGCCACCGGGCCCACUGCCUGCCCAACAGCAAGGUGGUGCUGCCCGAGAACUACUUGCGCAGCCGCCUCACCAGGCGCUACAUGCAGGAGCACGACUUUCUCACCUGGCGCUUCGACAAGGCCGUGAACCCCUCCUACUGCCAGGUGUGCAGGGAGCGCAGGCUGGCUUACAAACACUGCAUCACCUGCCGCCUGAACCUCUGCAUCGAGUGUCUCAAGAACAUCCACUCGGAAACGGCGAUGCACGACCACCUUUUCGUAGACGCCAGUAGCCAGGAACAGGAGGAGAAGAUCUGCGUCUACCACCCGAACAACAGGAUCACCGAGUACUGUCGCAAGGACAACGAGCUGCUCUGUCAAACCUGCAGGAACAUCUACCACGAUGGGCACGACGUCAUUAGCCUGGUGGAAGCCUGCUCGGAACUGUCCGCGGCUCUCUUCAGCGCCAUCGCCAAUUUCAAAUCAGUCCGAUGUGAGAUUGAUAAUGACCUGAUAGAAUUCAAUGUUUUAAAGAAUAACAUUAAAGUCAACAAAGAGACACAAAGGAAAACAAUUCGAGGUGGAUUCCUAAGACUGAGACGUAUUCUUCAAGAAAAAGAGAAAUCCCUUGUGGAGCAACUAGAGAAUAUGGAAGGAUGCAGGCAGAAGGAAAUUGAAAAAUAUGUGUGUACCACGACUAUUAAAAUUAAGGAAAUGGAUGGACUUAUUGAGUUUUGUAAAGAAGCUUUGAAAGAGACGGGUCAGGUGGCAUUUCUACAGUCUGCUAAAUCUUUGGUAGACCAAAUAGAGGAGGGAAUACAAAAUACAUAUCGGCCUGACCCACAGCUUAAGAUCGGCAGCAUGGAGGCCCUUCAUUUGAAUUUCACAGAGUUAGCAAAUGCAUUACAUGCCAUUUUCCCUAGCCAGCAACUAAAAGAUUCAUGCUCUGGUGAUUUUUCACCCGGUCCCUAUCCUGUGCAUUCUGAAAUGAUGAUUACUCGAAGAGUCACCUUCAGUACCCAAAAUGUUGCCAAUCGCCAAAUAUUUCAGCGUACCUACUCUUCACAGUCCCUCCCAGGAUGCCCUGUUGAGAAGACUAAAACAGGCUUUGAAAUGUAUGGAAGAACACAAUCCAUCUCCACUCCCAGGGGCACCGAAGGCUUCUUUACUUACUGGGUAGCACCUACUGAAGAUCAGAGCUUUUGUUCCACCCCUCCAGAAGGGGCAAAAGUCCAGACCUACAGCAGCUUCCACAACUGGUAUAUCAGCAAUGAAGGGAAUUUGAAAGUUCCAGGGCUCCUUGUCAUCUACCAGACACUGGUGUAUCCAAGAGCUGCCAAAAUUUACUGGACAUGUCCCACAGAAGACGUGGAUUAUUUUGAGAUGGAAUUCUAUGAACUUAUUGUUUGUCCUUCCAAUAGCAUCCGGACAGAACUUUGUGGACACAUACGAGAUAUAAUGCAACAGAAUCUGGAACUACAUAAUCUAACUCCUGGCACAGAAUAUCUAUUUAAAGUUCGUGCAGUCAAUGAAAAUGGACCAGGAGAAUGGAGCGAUAUAUGUAAGGUAGUGACACCAGAUGGCCGUGGGAAGCCCAGAGCAAAAUGGGGGCUGCUGAAGAAUAUUCAGUGUGUCCUCCAAAAACGUUUUUGAGCUCCCAACAGCAAAGUUUAAAAGAUGCACAUUAUAUAUAUUCCUUACAGCAUUCCUUUUUCAGGUUGGAAUUCCUUGAAGGCUGAUUCUAAGCUCUUCUAAUACAAGUCUUCUAAUUCACUAAUUAAAAAGUAUAUAUACUGA